AUGAAUUUGCUCCAAAUUGCCACAGGCUCGUUGCUCUUAGUGACAGGUCUGCCGUUCACAUAUGCCACAAAAACGCCAGAUGAAUUUCACCUGUUCUCUUCCAGUCCUGAACCGCAGUUUGACAACCUCUACCUGUCUACACAAUCAACGGGUCCAUUGAACAGCAUCCCUGUAUUCCGUGACCCAGCACACGCUGCAAGCUUUUAUGUGACCAACUCUUCGGUGAACUACAUCGCUCCCAACAAAGCUCCAUGGGUGCUGGCCUUGGUACACGGAGGUAGUGCGCAGGAAAAUGUUGAAGUCAGUGUGAGCCCGAGCGCGACCGUUGCGACCAGCACCGGAUUCCACGUCAGCCAUGGCAGGCAGCUUGAAAGUGAGGACAAAAGCUGGGGAAGCUGGCUGGUAUGUGCUGGACAACAGACAUCGCUGUUGGAGCUAUUUUACCAGAACAUCACCGUGGACCGUGACAUUCCUAAUGGGUGUGGUCAAGUCCAGCUGAUUGUGGCAAACGUAUAG